AUGGGCAAACUGAUCUGGCAUCAGUGGGCCAGAUUGCUGGCCAUGACGGCAGCAGUCUCGUCCCUCUGGGCAUUCUUCUAUCGGAAGUUCUUCUGGGACUUCGUAGGCGGUACCCUGGGCCCCACCGGUCUCAUACCAAACUCGACCGCGAAGGUAUUCAACAAAGUCAUCAUCGAUGUCCCUCUAUUACAGCUCAUGACGCUCUUCUUAUCGAUGGGUACUCUGGCGCUCGAGUAUCCUCUGCCUCAGGUCAAGGGUACAGCCGCGUACCGGUCCCACCUCGUCCGUAUUUCGGCGUAUCUCACUGCUGCCUUUACAGGUUUCCUGGUAUACCAAACGUUUGACUGCGCACUGUACUACUUGAUCGCCGCGAUGGCGUAUACGCGCUCGAUGUUGCUCAAGGAAACGAUCGGCGGGGCGGACGGGGCGAAGCGAGGCGAGAGUGCAGCAUAA